UCCACACCUUCAGAUGGGCCGUUCAGAAAGGCUUUAUCUUGAGCGGAGGGAGCAUUGAUACAGCCAGGCAGGGAGGUAGAAACACUCGGACACAGCAGGCCCCGGAGUUCUUCAUAGGGGACAUGGUCGUCUGACGUUCACAGCUCCUCAAUUGGUAGGCUGAAUUAUCCACUACGAAGGGUGGUUAUUCCGCGACUGUAAAAGCGACCAGACCACCACACCUGCAAUAAUACAAAACAGUCCCCAGACGAGGCGAUAUUCUGCAUCCCACGUCCAAACCGGGAAUAUGUUAUAGAUUAAAUCACCCUUGUCUGCUGAUUGUAGGCCCUUUGCAUUUACUUUUCUGUCAGGCCAUGGACACCAGAGCGGUUUUCGUUUAUUUGCCACAGAUGUUUAGAAAUUAUGUUUAGGGACACAUGGCAUACGUACGCCAUCCACACCAUUGACGUCAGUUCCUGUGACGUACCACGAGUCUAAAAUAUUGUCCUUCUCAGUAAUGGCGGCUUCGUUCCCUUCUCCUUCUGGAACAAACAACAAAUGGUACUUCASCCGAGAACAGAUCGAGAAUAGCCCAUCUCGUCGUGCGGGGCUUGAUCCAGACAAGGAAUUAUCCUACAGACAGCAAGCCGCGAACCUUCUACAGGACAUGGGACAGCGACUCAAUGUGUCCCAGCUAACAAUUAAUACUGCUAUUGUGUAUAUGCACCGAUUCUACAUGAUCCAGUCCUUCACCAGGUUCCACAGAAAUGUCAUAGCUCCAGCAACACUGUUCCUGGCUGCAAAGGUUGAGGAACAGCCCCGCAAGUUGGAGCAUGUUAUCAAGGUGACCCAUGCAUGCCUCAACCCUCAGGACCCUUCACCAGACGUCCGCAGUGAUGCUUACCUGCAACAAGCCCAAGACCUGGUCAUUCUUGAGAGCAUUAUACUCCAGACCCUGGCUUUUGAAAUCACCAUUGACCACCCACAUACUCAUGUUGUCAAGUGCACCCAGCUCGUCAGAGUUGUCCCAGCGAGUAAGGAUUUGGCCCAGACCUCAUACUUCAUGGCUACCAACAGNCUACACCUGACCACAUUCUGCCUGCAGUACAGCCCACCCAUAGUGGCCUGCGUCUGCAUCCACCUGGCUUGCAAGUGGUCCAACUGGGAGAUCCCUGUCUCCACAGAUGGCAAGCACUGGUGGGAGUAUGUGGACAAUACUGUCACCCUUGAGCUGCUGGAUGAGCUCACUCACGACUUCCUACAGAUCUUGGAGAAGACACCAAGCCGAUUAAAACGCAUUCGCAACUGGAAAGCGGCAGGUCAGACAGUGAAGGGAGGGAAGUCUAAGGUGCCAGAGGACGGGGACCAGACAGAUUGUAUGAUGAGCAUGAUCUCCAUGUCGUCCUCUGAGACCACGCUGGCCAGCCUCUCCAACCCUUCCUCUUCAUCUUCUUCCUCAUCCAUGGCUCCCAUACUACUGGAGCUCAAGUCGACCCUGGGCAGUGGCUCCGACCAGCCCAACCACGUCGAGCUGCACGCCCCAGCCAAGGUGUCACUGAGUGAGUACCGGGCCAAGCACGCUGAUGUCCUGGCUGCUCAGAAGAGGAAGCUGGAGAACAUGGAGGCCAGCGUGAAGAGGGAGUAUGCCUCGGCAGCCCAAGCUCUGAUAGGCCAACAUCAGAGGAAGGAGAAGUACCACCGUGAUCAGCAGCAGUCCAGCUCCCACCAUUCCAGCUCAGCCUCCUCUGACCUCAGCAGCCCCUCGCCCAUCAUCCUCAAGAUCCCCCUGGAAAAGGAGAGGGGCGAGCGCAGCUCCCUGAAGAUGCGCCUCCCUCUGGGGACUGGGGGGGGAGGGGGGCACAGUGGAGGAGGGAACAGAGGAGCCGGAGGAGAACAGGACAUCAAAGUGAGAAUCCGGGUGCCUGAGAAAGUACGCAGUGCAGGCUCGGGAGAGGAGGGGGGCAAGAGUAGGGAGGGCAAGCAUCGAGAACGCUCCCACCACCAUCACCACCACCACCACCAUCAUUCAUCGUCGUCUUUGAGCGGUGCUUCCGUCUCUUCGUCCUCGUCACAUAAACACUCAGCCAGUGCUGCUGGAGCUGUAGGAGGAAGUGGUAGCAAAAAGACCCCCAGUGACUCAUCUAGAAUGAGCUCCUCUUCCUCUGCAUCUCGAAAGAGGACACACUCCACGGAGUCCCAGGGAUCCCACCCCUCCAAAGUCUCUAAGUCCUCCAGGAACUCAGCCCACCAGCUACCUGCUCUGUUAGCCGCCUCCAGUGCACACUCCCUGGGGGCGCAAACUGCUGAGAUCCUCCCAUCCCUGGGUCUCCCCUCCCUCCACCAGGGAAACUUCUCUCACUCCAAGGGGGACAAGACUGACACUAACGGACACAAUGCAGGCGGGGGAAGCCAGUCAAAUGAGUACCAGGACACAUUUGAGAUGCUGAACUCUUUACUGAGUGCUCAGGGGGUCCAACCUGCUCAGCCUCCCAUGUUUGACUACCGGUCUCAGUACGGGGAGUACAGAUACAGCGGAGGGUCCAGGGGGGGGUCUCGACCACCACCCCUGCCUGCUGAACCGCCACCUCCGCUACCCCCUUUACCAAAAUGAUCCCUGAUGAAGGGGUGAAUUACUGACAGUAACUGUAGAUGCCUCCACAUCCUUCCUUAAGACAUUUGCACUGUGACUUUGGGUCCCUUUAUGUAUUUGAAUGAAUCAUGUUGUGGUUUUCAACUUGACAGCAAAGAAAUGUACUUCCAAUACAUACUUUUCAGUGAUGCGUGUACAGAAGUUUCUCCCUUGUUACAUCAUCAUAUCCAAUACAUCUGUGGGGCAAUAACAGGUGUGAAAGAAAACAAAAUGAGUUUAUUUAUAAAAAAAUGUAAAUACUAUUUUUGAUGUUAUUCAUUUUUGUAUUGUGAUAUGAACUCAAAUCCAAUUUGAUGGAAUGACUGGACCUGAUAUUUUAAACAUGGCUGUUUAAGUCAUUUUGAAUGCACAGUAGAAGAAACAAACUUGUCUGCUUCACUUCUUAAAUUGUGUAAGUCUCGCUAACAAUUAGUAUUUUUCAGAAUGUUUUUAAUAUACUAUUUAUUAUUACUGUUGAAUGCAAUUAGAACAUUUUGCCAACUGCCUCCCCCGCGCUUUCUGCUGUGUCCUGUUGAACUGAAGGAUAGUUGAGUGCUUACACAAGUCUAUUUGAGAAUGCAUGUCUUCAAAGCCAUCAUUUUAAAUGUUUUUGUUGAAAAAAUAGUCACUGAAUCAGAUUUUUG